UUAGGAAGAAGCCAAGAUGGAGGCAAAGGCGAACAAUUUGUCAUAGAAUAUUAAAUUAAUUUUUGCAGCAAUAAUGUAACUCAAUGAUCAGAUCAAAUCUCAACCAAUAAACAAGUCAAAACGAGCUUAAAUGGAAACUCAGAGAGUAAAAAUGUCGAUCAAAUGGCUUGAAGAUCUAUCCAACGGAAUUACAAGUAACGAAAUCGAAGCUUACUCACUCGGUGGCCUCCAAAUUGUGGAGGCUGAGCCGGGUUUUAUUCGCUGUAAUUUCGUGGUUUCCGAUCGCAUCUCAGAUGGAAAUGGAAACUGGCAAAUGGGAGCUAUGGCUACGUUAAUUGAUGACGUGGGUGCAGCUGCUAUUUGCUCUUUUGCUGGUGAAAUCAAAGCAUCACUUGACUUCAAUAUUUCAUUUUACUCCACUGCUAAGUCUCAGGAAGAAGUGGAGAUAGAGGCAAAGGUAGUAGGAGAGAAAGGAAAGCUAACUUCAGUAGUGAUAGAAGUAAGAAGGAAAGACAAUGGAGAACUUAUUGCUUUGGGUAAGCAAUGGAUGUCCUCUAACAAUAUUGCUAGUAAAGCAAGCGUCUCUUGAUUAUACCAAUAAGGACUUAACCUUAGGUGGCUGUUGCAUUUAUGUACAUAUUCUGGUUAAAGCUCAACUAUAUCUUUUUAGGUUCAUAUUUAAAGUUAGCUUUGCUAUAUUUGACAGUACCUAUAAACUUACGUGUGCAUUAUACUGAUAGAUUGUUUUAGUCACUUUGAUUAUGUUGAACAACUAAUUCUUAAUUUUCCAAGAUCACCGAGGAUAGAUAAGCCUAAUAGGUUGAUUCUAUUUACAAGAAUUGAAAGCGACGGAUAAGAUUCUGAUAGGUGCAGAUUUUUUAUCAGGUAAGCUAUUCAGUCUGGCAAUUUCUUUUUUUGUUCGUCUGAAAUUUACAGCUUUUAUUUUUAUUACGUUUUCUGUCUAUUGUACGAGAAAAAAUACUUCCUGUAUUCAUAACUAGAAGAGGGAAUUGAGAAUUAUAUAAGAAAAAUACAUUCAUAAAUUCAUGCAUAAAAAAUAAGCAGAAGAGAAAUGGAAGAUAAAACUGCGAAAAUCUCCAAGAAAUGGCUUCAACGACUAUCAAAUGGUCUCUGAAGCCAAGUCGAUGUGUUAACUUCUACGAGCCUAGAAGUAGUGCACGUGCAAAAGGGAUAUAUUCGCUGUCAUUUCAUUGUUUCAGACAAUUUAUCAGUUACUUAAUUUAAACUUUACUUAUAAUUAUUAUUUCUUGUCAUUUUUUCUUUCAUUUCCGGUUUUAAUAAUCUUCAUUAUUUUCCAUGAGAAUGUGUUUAUAUAUGAAUGAUUUAGGAUGGUGAAGGGAAUUGGCAUGUUGGGGCUAUGGCAAUCUUGAUUGACAACAUUGCAGGAGCUACAGUCCAUUCAUUUGGUGGAAAAGUUAAACCAACUAUUGAUUUCAGCAUGUCCUAUUACUCCACAGCAAAGAUUCAAGAAGGAGUGGAGAUAGAAGCAAAGGUUGUGGCUGAAAAGGGAAAUCUAGCAUCAGUGACUGUGUAGAUAAGGAGGGCAGAAAAUAAAGAAGUAAUUGCAAUAGCAAAGCAAUGGACGGCAUCAAAAAAUAAGGAAAGUGAACUUUGGGUGGCUAUGGAAGACAACAAUGCUGCCAUAGCCAGUAAGCUUUUGAGCUCACUUACAUUUCCAGAUCUGGCACUAUCAUUGGCGGAAUCGAAAAAAUACGAGGGCGUUAGGGUAAAAAAAGGUCACUGGUGAAGGAACGUGAUGAGUCGAUUAAAGAAUGAAAAUGAUGUUGAAACGGAUAUCUGUUCUAGAAAUAUACCUCUCUAUUUUAUU